AACGAAGUAAAUAGAUUGCCGACUGCACGAUCGUACCUCUUCUGUUUAAAAUCAUGAAUCGUCCGUGGAAAAUAAUCGCAUCGAUAUCGAUUUCAUUCGCGAUUAAAAACUUAUAGAUUCGUCUAUAACAAGACAUUAUCGUAUUGCUUCAUUUUCGCGUCUGUUUCAUUUUUUUUUUCCUUUUCUCCUUCCACUUUACGUUGCUCGCUUCACUUCGUUCCGUCGAUAAUUCACGAUUCGAUGCACUUGAACAGCUGGAGCAUCGCAGAUUUUUCCGCGCGAUAAUGAACGUGUUUUUGAUGACCAGACAUAAACCGCGUCGAUUACCAUAACGAUCAUCAACUAGCUUUUCCUUCUAUUCUUCUUUUUUUUUAUCCUUGUAUUCUUUUUUUUUUCUUUUUCUUUCGAAGUCCUUAUUACGCGAUUGCGUAGAAAAUCGUAAGAGGUCUGCGAGGAACUUGCAGAUGCAUGGAGAUCAUAAUCAUCGAGCAAGGAAUCACCGAGCUCAAGCGAAACAUUACUCAAGAUAUUACUUGUCGUUGAAAGUAUUAAUUUCUGCUCCUUCUAGUCUCUCCGUGAUUGGCUUUCUACAUCUUGAUAUUCUUGAUAUUCUUCAGCGAACUUCGAUAAGCAGAAAAUGAAAGCGAGGAUUUACUCGACUUUCCUUCCGCGAACCACAGAUAGAGUAACGUCGUUCGUCCUGAAAGACAUCUCCAAGUUUCCAAGGAAAUUCUCACGGUAAACGGAACCUUGUGUUUCGAAUGUCGUUGGCCAUCAGAGAAACUUGCAGACGUAACGUUGCAGCUGGCAGAAGAUCGAGGAAAGGAAGGAAUUUCAGUAACCACGAGAGUGGUUACGCUUUUCCUUUCCGUGACUUAUUUCCGCUUUAUUUGACGACGGGGAGACAAACGGAAAUGUAACAAUCGGCUUCAUAUGCGUUCCAGUUAUAUCCCAAUAUCGCACGGAGGAGGACCUUUUCAAGAAGGAAGAGAAAAAGGCGAAACUUCUGAAGGAGACAAUACCGUUCUACUUGAACAAGUUCGAGCAGACGGUUGGCGAAAAUGGAGGCUACACCGUCGGCUCCACCACGACGUGGGCGGACUUCGUGUUCGCGGUGGCCCUCGAAAAUUUCGAGAAUAUUUUCGGAGCGACGGCUUUAGAGAAUUAUCCGGGUCUCCGAGCGUUGAAGAAGAGGGUUCACGAGAUACCUGCUAUCCAAGAUGCCUACCUACAAAUUGACUUACUUCCCAGUUAAAGCAUUGGGAGAGCCAAUCCGUUUUCUUUUGAGCUAUGCUGAAAUUCCAUUUGAAGAUGACCGCUUUGAUAGAGAAGAUUGGCCAAAAAUAAAGCCCACUACUCCUUAUGGCCAAGUCCCUGUCCUUGAAGUUGAUGGAAAGAAAGUUGCUCAAUCUGCAGCUAUUUCCCGCUACUUGGCUAAACAAUGUGGCUUAGCUGGAAAAGAUGACUGGGAAGCUCUUUUAAUUGAUGCCACUGUGGAUACCAUCCAUGAUGUCCGUGCAAGACUUGCUGCCUUCCAUUACGAAGAGGACGAGGCUUUCAAAGCUGCGAAACGCAAGGUUGCCGACGAGGUAAUACCGCUCUAUCUGGAACGUUUGGACGCCCAAGUGAAGGAUAAUGGCGGCUAUCUUGUCGGUGGUGCUCUCUCCUGGGCUGAUUUAACAUUCGUUGCUAUCCUCGAUUACUUGAACUUCAUGAACAGUUCCGAUUUGAUCGAAAAAUACGAAAAUCUGAAGCAACUGAAAGAAAAGGUCCUCAAUGUGCCUGCUAUUAAGAGCUGGGUCGCGAAGCGCCCAGAAAGCGACGCAAAAUGCCUGCCUACAAAUUGACUUACUUCAACAUUACUGGUCUUGCUGAACCAAUCAGAUACAUCCUGCACCAGAGUGGAAUUAAAUUCGAGGACAGGAGGCUCACAUUCGAAGAAUGGCCCCAAUAUAAAAGUGAGAUGCCACUCGGCCAAGUUCCUGUCUUGGAAAUCGACGGCAAGCCCCAUCCUCAAUCGAAAGCCGUUUGUCGCUUACUCGCCAGGCAAAACAAUCUCGCUGGUUCCAGCAACGAGGAAUCUUACCGUAUCGACGCCGUCGUCGACACCAUCGACGACUUGAGGCAG